AUAAUUUACAGAGCAUUCCUUUUGGAAACUGAUGUCUCUGACACAGGUCUUGAUCGAUUUUAUCUUCCUUUUAAAAGAAAGGAGGGGCUCGGGGGUAGUUACAGAAGUUGUGGUAAACAACUUUGUGUUUACAUCACUCUUGCUUGUCACUUGUCAUGUACAUUGUUCAUUAGUUUUUUCUCUUUUGUCAGUUGACGAACUGUUAGAUAAUGACAGUGUGGAGCAUUCUGAGCACGACCACUUGGCUACUGAUGGAUCAAGAGAACCUUCCUCAAGGGAAUUUGAGAAACAUUAUGACAUGUUACAUGACAUUGAGCUUGAGAAAGAUAUUUACAGGUUAAGGACAAGCCUGGUGCUAACAGACCUGGCAAAGAAAGAGAAGAAAUACCUAAAGAAGAAAUACAGGCUCUAUCACUGGUCAGGAAAAAAUUUUUAAAUUUCUUAUCAUAAGGAUAAUUAGCAAGCAGUGUUUGUGUUUUCAGCUACAUGUAGAUCAGAGCUUUACCCCUGUUGUGAUGUGGACCACGGCCUGUACUCUUUCUCCAUCUGUUUUUUAGUGUUUUCUUUUUGCUUCCAGAAUUCCUAUCCAGUCUGAUCGUUGCUAGUAUACAAGUACUUUUAUUACUACUGUUCUCUUUUAGGUUCUUUUGCUUUGCUUUGUCAGUACCUCCCUUUAGGCUGUAAUGUUUAAGUUUGAGCCCCUGAGACU